ACAAAGAAAGGUCACUCAUCUCUAUUUCUGUCAAUAUCAUAUAUAUUUUUCUCUCCAUUUUUGGAGCCGUCCUCUCAGGGCCUCUGAUUUCAGAGAUUAUUUCUGUUAUCAAGUAUCUAUACAUAUGUGCUCUAAUUGUUUCCUACGUUCUUGCCAGAAGGCAUGAAAAUAUUUCGUGAGGGGCAAUUGUUUAUUGGUGCUUCAACCUCCUGUUACUUUUAAUUAUCAUCUCGAGUUGAUAGGCUUUUCAGAAUUUAAUCAUAGCAAUGGCCGACCCUAUGUCUGGGCCGCUUGAUCGACAAAUGAUACCAGGUCUGGAAAAAUCCAGCAUUGAGAUCAUUGAGGAAGAGAGGAAGACUAGGCUUGGAUCUCUGAAGAAGAAGGCAAUUAAUGCCUCCAACAAGUUCAGGAAUUCUUUUACAAAGAAGGGCCGCAGACAUAGCAGAGUGAUGUCUGUUGCAAUUGAUGAUAACCUUGAUGCAGAGGAAUUACAAGCAGUGGAUGCAUUUCGUCAAGUACUUAUCCUUGAUGAGCUACUGCCUUCUAAGCAUGAUGAUCACCAUAUGAUGCUCAGAUUUUUGAAGGCCAGAAAAUUUGAUAUUGAAAAAGCAAAGCAAAUGUGGUCUGAUAUGCUCCAGUGGAGGAAGGAAUUUGGUACUGACACAAUCAUGGAGGACUUAGAGUUCCAGGAAUUAGAUGAAGUUGUGAAAUACUAUCCACAAGGAUACCAUGGGGUUGAUAAGGAAGGACGACCUGUUUACAUUGAAAAACUGGGUGAAGUUGAUGCUAACAAGCUGCUGCAAGUCACGACUUUGGAUCGAUAUGUGAAGUACCAUGUGCGGGAAUUUGAGAAAGCCUUCACUUAUAAGCUCCCAGCUUGUUCAAUUGCAGCAAAGAUGCACGUUGACCAGAGCACCACCAUUUUGGAUGUGCAAGGAGUGGGUCUCAAACACUUCAGCAAAACUGCAAGGGAUCUUAUCACGCGCAUUCAAAAGAUUGAUGGUGACAAUUACCCUGAGACCCUAAACCGCAUGUUCAUCAUCAAUGGUGGUUCUGGUUUUAGGCUUCUAUGGAACACUGUUAAGUCAUUCCUUGACCCUAAGACUGCUUCCAAAAUCCAUGUCCUGGGUGGCAAAUAUCAGAGCAAGUUGCUUGAAAUAAUUGAUGCUUGUGAGCUGCCAGAGUUUUUGGGUGGUACUUGUACUUGUGCUGAUAAGGGUGGCUGUAUGCGUUCUGAUAAGGGUCCAUGGAAUGAUCCUGAAAUAAUGAAGAUGGUUCAAAAUGGUGUAGCCAAAUGCAAUAGGAGAACUUUGUCAGGAAUUGAGGAGAAGACAAUAUCUGAAGAUGAGAAUGCAUGCACGAAGAUGGAGAGAGGCGAUUCUUUGGUUGUAGAAACAGCUGUGGAUUUUGAGCAUAAAAAAUAUCCAGGUCCUGAAAAAUUUCCUAUUAGCAAAAAGUGCAACAUUACCAACAACUGUAACACCAUUCCAAUGGUUGACAAGUCUGUGGAUGCUGCUUGGCCUACUAAAAUGCAGCAUGGAUACAACAUCUCUAAAGGCGAUGCUUGUAAGUCUGAUGGAAUAACCAAUCCAAUAAUUAGUGGGUUUUUCGCCUUUGUGAUGGGAAUCAUCACCAUGGUUCGCAUGACACGAAACAUGCCAAGAAAACUUACUGAAGCUGCUAUUUAUGGCAGUCAGGCUUACUAUGACAAUGGAAUGAUGAAAAACCAUGCAAUGCCAGCACCAUCCAUCUCUACCGUUGAAUACAAGAACAUGAUGAUGCGCAUGGCUGAAAUGGAAGAGAAGUUGAAUUUUCUCAUCUCAAGAGCUGGUGCUAUGCCUCCUGAGAAAGAGGAAAUGCUGAAUGCUGCUUUAAGACGCACUGAUGUCCUGGAACAAGAGCUGUUAGCAACCAAGAAGGCACUUGAGGAUGCAACUGCUAAACAGCAGGAACUCCUAGAAUACAUUGAAAAGAAAAAGAAGAAGAAGAAGUAUUUUGUUUUUUGAAUGAUGAAUCCAUAACGCUAAGUGAGGUGAAAAGUGCUGGUUUUUCUGCAAUGCUCCAAACGAUAACUUGAGAACUUACUGAUACUGGAGGCAAUUAAUUAGAAAUCUUUGCCCCAUAUUUUGUUAUUAUUUAAAAUCAUUUUCAGCUUUGUGCAACUUUUGGUUUAUUUUUCAUAAUUGUGCAUGUUGGAAUGAUUAUUGACUUUGGUUGAUUUGAAUGGAUUGAUCUUUUCCA